UGUCUUAACGCACCGCGACCCAUCGAAAUCUACCCAACCUGCAUCGGCGGCUCAUUGAAUGAAACCCCGUCGCAUUUCUCGACCUUGGAUAAUCAACCCACCAUGUCCUUCGGCCCCGAUUCCCUUCCCGGUGGUUACUUUGAACCGGGCGGCGAAAACCCAUCGCAAACCCUAAGUGCUGGGAUCUUCCGGCCGCCAGCAUCGCCGGCCGAUUCGAACCACAACCUCGGCAAGUCCAACGGUAGUCUCUACGACAUAGCCAUGUCCAACGGGACAAGCCCCUCACAAACACCAGAACAAGCAAAUGCGAAGCGGAAGCGUUUGGGAUUGGGUGUCCAGGGAGCGACCCCGAACGAUCACAACAUGCAGGUGGAUGGCGUGAACGACGGAAAGGCAGAGACAGGAAUGACGGAUGCGGGCCAAGCAAGAUACAACUUGGCCGGCCAGCUGAAUGCUACCCCAACAGGCGGCACCUUCACGGUCAACGGUAGGCUGGAAGAGAGCAUGUACUCUGAUCUAGACUACAGGAGAGCCGCAGGCUCCAAGCGAGCCCAUGACGACCCCGAUGGUCCGUCGUCUCAGAUGGAGGGUCAGGUCGACUCUUCCACACAACAACAGAACUCGGCGAACUCGUCGAAAUGGGGAUUCCUCGGCUUGCAAACCAUAGGCCAGGUAAUGGGCAAGGUUUGGGAGUUUUGUAAAGGCGGAGGAUUUCGUGGCUUCCAAGCCGGAGGCGGCACAGGAUACGAGGUUAACGGUUCAACAGUUACCCCAGCUGUGCAGGCCACUGCUGUUGGCCAGCCGUGGGCUAGCGAGCAACAAGAACAGCCCAUCCAUUUUACCAUGGAGGCCGAUCAGGACACGUCGAUGCCUCCUCAGGAGACGGUGAUAACGCCCAUACCGCCACCAGUGCAAGAAUUCGUAGCACCCCAGGAGUUCUCAUCCCCACUACCCCUACCGAUGUCCGAUUAUAUGCCCUAUGCGCCCGAGUAUCACGAGACGAACAAUUCAGAUUCGUUGACCCGACCGGCCGUCAAACGGAGACAAGUAAGCGAGAUCCAGGACGACCUCAACAGGAACUGGAUAAUGGUAGACGAAAACGGCAAUGGUGGCAGCCCAUCGCCCUCCCCUGUCUUGCCUAGCUUUGGCGCUGCAUCAUCAGGACGGGCAACGCCCGGGCUAAGACCACCAUCUUCUCUACGGACAAGGACGACAGGAUUAUCUUCAAGUAAUGCUGCAAGACGUAUCACUGCUCCCUCGCAAAGAUUUACUGGCGGUCCAUCUAUGCUGCCCCGGACACGGGCUCCUUCGAGACUAUCGCAACAUACCGUGGCGCCUAGUGUGGGCGCCCAAGAACUCCCUAGUUUUGGCGCUCCAAGGUCACCACCUGCCAGGGACACGCCGACUCCUUCGUUCUCUACAUCUACAACGUCGGCAGCUCCCGUGAGCCGAAUACCCCUUCCGGCUUCUGCCGGUGGGGCGCCAGGAAGUGGAGGGGCUCGCCCCAGUUUUGGCGGUCUUGAUGCAGCCGUUUCCAACGGCCGCCAAAGUCCUGCUACUUUCAACGGUCGCCAAAGUCCUAGCCAUGCAAACCCUACCCCCUUUGCGUUUUCCUCACCUGCCUAUCAGCCCUCCUCCAACUCGCGCCCUUCCAGUCGCCAGAGCCUUGGCUAUGGUAAUGCCGGCGGUGGCAACAGUAACACUAGGCGAAGUCUUCAGGCGCCCAUCCAGCUCUCUUCCCCUGUCAUCCCCAGACCCUCGUCGAGUUCAGCCGCCAAGGUCCUGAAAUCCCCCACCAACCACCACCGCCGCGGUGAAAGCAGCGGCGCUGCCGGUCCCAGCCACAGUUCCUCGGCAAGGCCUGGGUCGUCCAUGCGUAGGAACAGAGGACUGAGUCUUCAUGGCGCUUAUGUCGAGGAUGGACUGAAGGGCAGCCCUAGACUGGAUGGCGAGGCGAAGCAUCUUGCGAAGAAGAAGAUGGCUGCCGAAAGGGAUGCGGAUGCGAAUAUAGAUGCCUUCAAUGAGAAGCUGUUGCAGAUGAUUCGGCAGGGGAAGGAGGCAUUGGGGACAAAGGUGGAGGUGCUCGAUGAUAGGGGUGGUAGUAACGUCGUGUGGGAGGAAGAUGAGCUCUGAAGACGCCGGGGUUGCAGAGUGAAUCAGGUUGUGGUGAUACCCGGUGGCUACGAGGUCAGAUGACCUACGAUCAGUUGGAUAGGCUUUUCUGAUAUCGGAUCCCACUCAUGAUGAGUGAGUU